GUGGCCCGGCCGAACGGGGAAGGCGAGGGGACGGAAAUGUCCGGGCUGCGUGUGGGGAGGCUGGGCGGGUCCACGAGGCUUUGGGAUGGGGCGACCGCCAGGCCUUCAGCCCGGCCCCGUCCCGCCGUCCGUCCCGCCGUCCGUGCCACCCGUGUGAGGCUGCCCAGAGCCGCUCCUGAUGCCCGCGCUGAGAUGUGGGGCCUGCGGAUGGGGCUGGCAGCAUCCUCUGGUUGUUGUGGAAGUGUGUGGCGUCAGGAGGGCAGAAACAGAAGCAGUGUGGGGGCUCUUGAGGUCCCUUCCAGCCCCUGCAGUUCUGUCAUCAGCGAAACCUGAAAUCGAGUUCUUUGAUCCUGAUAGUAGCGCUCGUCUGUAACGGGGCUCGGUCAGAACAAGGCUGGAAGUUGCCUUAAAUACGUAAAUAGAGCAUGUGAGCGCUGCCUGCUCCUCUGUCAGAUCAUAAGGACAGCCGUGUGCUCGGUGCAUCCCAUCUCUGUGGAUCCUUGUUCUGAGUUCACACUCUGCACUCAGGAAGGUUCUGGCCAGCAGGAUGGGUGGCUGCGGGAUGGGCUGUGCAGCUCGCAGACCCAGCUGCUGGGCUGGGACAGCAGGAAUGUGUCUGGGAGGCAGAGGAACAGGACAGGAUGUAUGUCCUCUGAGGAGGACAGGGCUGGAAGUGUGUGGUGGAACAGAAGGGGAGAUGGAGGGGACAGGAGCAGGUGAAUGGAGCCCUAUGGGAGGGAGAGGACAGUGAUGGACAGCAGUGCUGCUCGUCCCCACAGUCCUGCAGUGGUCAGCCCCCACUGCUGUUGUGGGAGGUGUAAGGUGCAGCGAGCUCAUGGCUGUCUGGAGCAUGCUUGUCAGCUGUUCUGCUGUCCCGUGUGGGGACAGGGAAGGUUAGGAUGCUAGGAGAGCAUCCUGGGGUUUUGUAACACUAUGUCUUAUUCCCCCUUUAGGAGAGCCCCACUUUCUGAUGAGGAGUCUAAAACCAGCAGCUCCCAGCAUUUGGGAUCUCAAGAGUUUUGCGUCAGUAGCAGCCUUUCCAAGGUGGAGCUCACAGCAGUCAGCAGUGGUGGCAGCAGUGCCCAGGAUGCAAGUGGCAAGGUGGAGGAAAAGAUUGGACCCAAACUGGAAGAGCAGCCACCUGAUCCUAACCCAAACCCAGAGUGUGUGGGAAAGACUGUGAAAGACGAUGUCCAGGGCCCUCUGGCGAGCCAGGGGGAUGGCAGAGGGCAGGAGCCUGCAGUCCCCCAAGCUGCUGAGCCGGAGAGCAGCAGUGCUGAUGUUGCGGGGAUGCCUGCAGAUCCUUCCAGCGACAAGCAGGCUGACGUUCCUCCCAUCUGCUCUGUGGCUCCAGAGAAUGAGGCAGCUGGGAAGGAGAAAACCACCCCAAGCACUGGAGCGCAAGGGCCAGCAGUGCUGGCGGAAGGGACGUUAUCCGUGGUCGCCACCAGCUGCAGCACCUCAGCCUCCACACCUGCAACUUUUACGUUGAGUCGAGUGUGCUUUCCCACAUCUCAGGCCCCCGCUAUGCACAAAGUGCCCCUGUCCUUUCAGCCUGGGACGGUCCUGAGCCCGAACCAGCCGCUAGUGUACAUCCCGCCGCCCAGCUGCGGGCAGCCGCUCACCGUGGCCACGCUUCCAAGCACUUUGGGGGUCUCCUCCACGCUCACCCUUCCCGUCCUGCCUUCCUACCUGCCCGAGCGCUGCGUGCCAGGCAUCAUUGCUUCCCCGGAGCUGCGUUCCUACCCUUACACCUUCUCUGUCACCAGACCCUUGGCUUCAGAUGCCAAAGUGGUGUCGGUGGAGGUGAAUCAGCUGAGCUGCUCUUCGCCCUCAGGUGGAAGCGGUGCCCAGACCGCUGCCGAGGGCGCUCCCUCGUCCACAGCUGGCCCUGCCCUGUCGUCCAGCCAGCCUCUGCCGGCAGCACCGUGUGGAAGCGCUGCUCCCUCUUCUGGCACCGGCACACAAGCCAGAGCAGCGGCAGCUCCCGAGCCGCACGCACCAGGGGCGGCGACUUCGCUUUCGCCUCUGAAGUCCCCUCCGCAGCUGGAGCGUGAGAUGGUCUCCUCUCCGGAGUGCAGCGAGAUGCCUCUCGAUCUCUCCUCCAAGUCCAAUCGCCAGAAGCUGCCUCCACCCAGCCAACGCAAAACCCCUCCGAUGCCCAUCCUCACCCCCGUGCACACCAGCGGCAAAGCACUUCUCACCACGGUCCUGUCCAAGUCCCAGCGCGCGGCACAGAGCGCGGGCAGCAGCGUCACCUCGUGUCUCAGCACCACCGCGCCCUUCGUCAUCUUCCCCGAGUUCCUGCGGAACAGAGAGCAGGGCUCCUGGGUUGAAGAACACCACUCUCAUCAGCACCAUUCCAGGCACCUACGUGGGCGUUGCCAACCCCGUGCCCGCCUCGCUGCUGCUCAGCAAGGACCCCUGCGUGAGCUUCAGCAGGGACCCCCACCACCUUCCCAAGCAGGAGCCGAUUUCCAUCAUCGAUCAGGGAGAGCCCCGAAGCGCUGGGGUUCCCUGCGGGAAGAAAGCCAACCAGGCGGGCACGGAGAGACAGCAGGAUCCUGCCAAGAGACUGCUUCAUGGCAGAGUUGCUCCGGGAGCUCCUUUGUGUCAAUCCAAGGACAUCUCCACCUGGAAUCCUGUCCAGGGGAGCGUGUACCCACGAUGCCCUGUGAAUGGCAAACCUUCCAAUCCUCAGCUUUUGCCUCUCGGCUGGUCUCCUUAUCAUCAGACCCCUCUGCUUUCGAUCGGCAUCUCCACCACGGGGCAGCUGCCCCCAAACCCCAACAGCUCCUGUAAGCCCGCUGGCACAGGUGAGCUCCCCACGUUCCUGAGUGUGCAGCCUACAGAGCCCAGCGCGGCGGCCCAGAGCCUGCCUG